AUCGAUCCAGAAAGUUAAUAUCCCAUCAGGGUUUUCUUCUCCUUCUCCCUCCCCUUCUUAGAGAAUUGUUUUAUUCUUGUAAAUCUAAUCUCUUUAUCGUUGUUUAUAUUUCUGAAAAUAGGUUUUUUUUUUUUAUAGCUUUUAGUGAUUUUGGGUUUAAAUUUUCUUGAUAAAUUUACUGCCUUGUUAGAUAAUGGAAACUGUUAUGUACCGUUCAUCUUCAGAUCAACAAAUUUCACCUAACAAAAACUACUUUAGAAGCUCGAGGAAAAUCAUGAAUCGAGGAUCUUUGGUUCCUAGGUUUCCUGAGGAUUUUGUUCCUGCGGCAUAUUUGCAGGGGGGGCUUUUACAGGCUCCUGUUCCUAAUCAUCCUCAAUUUCUGUCUCAAUCUUUUCCUGUUUUUCCAGUUCAACAGCCGCCUCUUCUUCCUCUCCCAAUCUCCAUGAAUUUCAGUCAAAGUAGGACUCUUUCUUGCCCUCCAAACUAUGGGAGACCCAAUAAUAAUAACAGCAAGAGCAGAAGUAGCAGAGAUCCCUCUCUGACGCCCAAGAAAUCUAAGCAGAUCUCAAAGUCUCCGAAGAAAUCUGGAAAAGAAGUUGUUGUUCCUUUGGGCCCAGACCCGGAACAUGUUCCUAAACAUGUUGUCCCCCCCAAGGUUUUAUCUUUGAAGGGUUGUGUUGAAGCGAGAGAGAAAGAUGAGGAAAAGGACAAGUUUUCAGGAUCUGUAGUGUUCACACUUUCGCCUCCGCCUAGUAGCCUGCCUUUGCCCACUUUUUCAUUGAGGCCGAAGCUGAGCUGCAACGCGGAGGCCGCCGGAAUAGACACCGGAGCGACUGAUAAUCUCUGCAGACUUCUUCGUCUCCGGUAAUUAAAUAGAUGAUAGAUGUGAAGAAGAAUUGAAGAAGCUAAGGAACUGAUAAGUAUUGGUGUUAUGUAAGGGUGAUAUUAUUUAUAACUGUUUAAUUUGGUGUUGGAUAAUUUUAGUUUAGUAGAAGUCACCACCAGUGCUUGUUUUUCUAACUGGGGGGUGGACAGACAGUCAGACAGACAUGUUUAAGGUUUAAUCUCUUGUAAUUUUACUACUGUGUUUUCGGAAAUGGAAUUCAAAUUAUCAUAUCUUGGACUGCAA